CAAAAAUAAAAAACCGUCCCAUCCACUUUUCUGCGGGAUUUUUCCGUCCUUUCCCAGCGAAUUUUCCUCGAUUUCUUGCCAGUUCCUCUCUGUACUUUUUUUCUUUCUGUUGCCUAUCUUAGUCCAGCUACUUCUUUAUCCUCAUCAAAGCUCGAUAGAAAAUGGGACAAGCUCUGGGUUGUAUCCAAGUGGACCAGUCAACUGUAGCUAUCAAGGAAACCUUUGGGAAGUUUGAUGAUGUGCUUGAACCUGGUUGUCACUGUUUGCCUUGGUGUUUGGGGAGCCAGUUAGCUGGUCAUCUCUCAUUACGUGUGCAACAGCUGGAUGUUCGAUGUGAAACCAAAACCAAGGACAAUGUAUUUGUUACUGUGGUUGCUUCUGUUCAAUACCGAGCACUGGCAGAAAAAGCUGCAGAUGCUUUCUAUAAGCUCAGCAAUACCAGAGCACAGAUCCAAGCCUAUGUCUUUGAUGUCAUUAGGGCAAGUGUUCCAAAGUUGGAGUUGGAUUCAGCUUUUGAACAGAAAAAUGAGAUAGCAAAAGCCGUGGAAGAUGAACUUGAGAAGGCCAUGUCACAUUACGGAUUUGAGAUAGUUCAGACUCUUAUUGUGGAUAUUGAGCCAGAUGAGCAUGUGAAGAGGGCAAUGAAUGAGAUCAAUGCAGCUGCAAGAAUGAGGGUGGCUGCCAAUGAAAAAGCUGAAGCAGAGAAGAUAUUGCAGAUCAAGCGAGCUGAAGGAGAUGCAGAGUCAAAAUACCUGGCAGGUCUUGGUAUAGCUAGGCAGCGCCAGGCCAUUGUAGAUGGACUGAGAGAUAGUGUACUAGCUUUCUCUGUUAAUGUACCAGGGACAACUUCAAAGGAUGUCAUGGACAUGGUUCUAGUGACCCAAUACUUUGACACCAUGAAGGAGAUUGGUGCAUCCUCAAAGUCCAACUCUGUUUUCAUACCUCAUGGACCAGGUGCUGUGAGAGAAAUUGCUACACAGAUCAGGGAUGGUCUUCUUCAGGCCAGUUCUACUCAGUAGCAUUACAAGUUUCUAUAGCAUUUGAAGGAAUUUGGUGGUAUUGUAAAAGGCUCUUCGAUCUUGCUUUCUCUGCACAAAUUCCUCUAUGCAUGCCCUCAACUGGAAAGUAAUCCCUGGAGAAAAAUAUCGAAGUUUCUAACUAUAAUCCAAGUGCAUUUCUUUAUAUGCUUCGUGGAAUUAGUAAUGAACUAAGCUGCAAUGUUCAUAUUUAUAUUGAACUUGGUUAUGGCGCUAAGAUAUUUCCGUUAUGUUGAUAUAAAUACGUACUUGUAGUGUUGGAUAGCAAGUUUAUGAUCUUUUCGGGUCAAUGGAACAAUGUCUUGUUCAUUGUUAUAUGGGGAAAAAUGUUUAAUAAAUAAUUCUGCAUUGGUGGAAUUGCUUGAGCAUUGUAUGUCUGGUGAAGAUUCUCAAUCGUCUGAUAGAGUUGCAGUGUUGCGAAAAAGAGGAAUAUUAGACAUCAGCUAAAUUCAAAGGGUUGAAUACAAUGCACUACCAAAAGGGAAUAGAUUUGGGUGGACAAACCAUUAGAUUGGGCGCAUGGCUUAGCAAUUAAAUAUUAUUCAAAAUAUAGGGAAAAAAUAUUAUCGAAAUUCGACUGUUUCCUAAAAUUCUCCUCUGAUAAAACAAAACUGGGAUAUGUAGCAGAUAUUAAAUACUGUGACGGACCGGGUAUUAAGUUUAUCUAAUAAUAAAUGUCCAAUUCUCAAGUUCAACGAUAACAAUAAAAAAUCUUCCAUCUCAUAAUGUCAACCGUAUCAAAUUCAAUUCGCGCAAGUAUAACAUUACUGAGAUACAAGUGUCAUUAACAGCGAUAAAAGUAAAAAUGGGAAAAGCAUUAAUCGGAAACCAUCAUCUGAACCAUCCAAAGCCGAACAAGUUGAAUAAAGGUCGAAGCAGCAAGUAUGCAAAUAGCAGCUCAACGAAACACUGGAAAUUGAAAAAACCAAUCAAUGUAACAAAAAUUUCAUGUGAAGUAUAAUUGCUCAAGAGCAUGUAUACCCUAUACUAUGGGCAGAUGCAUAAUCCAAAGGAACAAAUUGAAGAUGGUUCCUUACACCAACUACAUUAUUUUCCACACCCCAUACCCACCAAAAUGUCAAACCCAAUGAGACAACAUAAACAGAUGGAAUGUUCAUUUGAUUA